GCCUCGUCAACGGCAUUGACCCUCAGUCAGUGUUCAUCAUCCUGCGCACACGAUAAAGAAGCUGCCUUCCAGAAUUAGCUGAAGUGCGUGUUACCAAAGUGUUGACGAGAGCGAAGGAACAAGGAAGGAUCAGGGGCGAGAGAGAGGCGUCAGAGUCCAGGGGCGAGUGAGGAGACCAGGAACAAGGGAGGCAGUCGAAAUCCAGGGAAAACGGAAGGAAAACAGUUUCACCAUAUGAGAAAACUAAGUUCCUGCGAGGAUCCCUGGGUCCACUGGUCUUUCAAGCAGCUCGCCCUCAUUAAUUCCAGCAGAGUUUCGAGGAUGAGACACAUCAGAGUCCGAGCCUGCUUGCUGUUUGUGUGUCUAAGUCUGCUGGUCCUUCAUCUCCUUAAAGAUGUUAUGGACCCAAAGACCCUUCACUUACAAGCUAACAUGAGAGAGGAACUUGAUCAAACAACGACAGUCGCUCCGAAACACUACGGUUUCCUUUGGCCAAGUUGUCGACAGAACAUGUCUGUUGCCAAUAUCUCCGGCUUCAGCUCUCUUCCUGAUGUGAUAAAACACUUUCUGUACUCUCGGCACUGUCGCAAAUUCCCGAUGCUACUGGACCUUCCUCAGAAAUGUGGCGGUGUUGAUCGAUCGGAAGACGUUUUCCUUCUCCUCGUCAUAAAAAGCUCCCCUGUGAACUACGAGCGUCGAGAGGUUCUGCGUAAGACCUGGGCCAAAGAGCGAUUACACAACGGGAAGUGGAUAAGGAGGGUUUUCAUCUCGGGGACAAUGGACAAAGGCUUUGAAAAUACAAGGCUGAACAAACUCCUGGAAAUAGAGCAAAGGGAGCACAAAGACAUCCUCCAGUGGGACUUUGCUGACUCGUUCUACAACCUCACUUUGAAGCAAGUUCUCUUCCUGGAGUGGAUGGAAAGAAACUGUCCUAAAGCUCGCUUUGUUUUCAAUGGUGAUGAUGAUGUUUUUGCCAACACGGACAACAUGGUGGAGUAUCUCCAGAGCCUUGAAGGUAACGACGGAAGAAAGCAUCUCUUCACUGGUCAUUUAAUCCAAAAUGUGGGGCCUAUUCGAUCACCAGGGAGCAAGUACUACAUCCCCGUUCAGGUGCAGGAGUCAAACUCAUACCCUCCCUACUGUGGGGGUGGAGGCUUCCUGCUCUCAGGCUACACGGCUUUGGUCAUAUUCAACAUGUCCCACUCGAUUACCAUUCUUCCCAUUGAUGAUGUUUACAUGGGGAUGUGUCUGGCCAAAGCAGGACUGGCCCCAAGCUCCCAUAUGGGGGUGAAGACGGCAGGACUGCACAUCCCCUACAGCAACCUUGAUAAAUUUGACCCGUGCUACUAUAGAGAAGUGCUGCUGGUGCACAGAUUCCUCCCAGCUCAGAUCUUUCUGAUGUGGCACAGAAUACAUGACCCUGCUUUGAAAUGUGCUUCCUCAAUCAACCAGCAGAUAAAAACCUGGGACUUAACAAGGAGUGCCACGGACUGAGCCUCCCCAUCUUCAUGUGGACCCUUUAAACAGAGCCUUGCCCUAAAGCUGGUGAAGCUGAUUGUCAUCGCAAUGGACAGUUUUUAUGAACCCAGACAUUUUAUGUUGACAGGCAGCUGUUACUAGAAUAAAUCAGGUCAACUUCUUUCUGUGAAAAAUGAGUUUGGUGGGGUGAACAAGCGCCCCUAACAGACUAAACACAGGGGUGCAGCAUAAUUCCCCCAUCCCACGAGCAUUUAUCCUACCCUGCACACGUGCACUGUACAUGUGUGAUCCGGUUCUCUAUGUGGUGUAAAUUUGUCUUCGAAUAGGCAAUUCGAUUUUGGUCUUGGAACCGGGUUGUAGCUUCAACCAGCCCAGGAGAAGCUCCCAGGUCCCUUCUGGCAACGAUAAUAAUCCUACAAUCCUGGGUUGUUUUGUUUGACCUCCUUUGCAAAUUUAAUACAUGACAUCGUUCAAGCUCACACGAUCAUUGAUGGCAUGUCUACAAGGUGAGUUGCCUUCUAUGGAAUGUGACGAUAUGGCGGUAUGAGGAUAAACACCUCACACAUGGUACUGCGUAUAUGCUUAAAGGGGAACAUUAUCACCAGACCUAUGUAAGCGUCAAUAUAUACCUUGAUGUUGCAGAAAAAAGACCAUAUAUUUUUUUAACCGAUUUCCGAACUCUAAAUGGGUGAAUUUUUGCGAAUUAAACGCCUUUCUAUUCAUCGCUCUCGGAGCGAGGACAUCUGAAUGUGACGUCACCUAGGUAAUAAAGCCACCAUUUUCUCAAACACAUUACAAAUAACGCGUCUCAGCUCUGUUAUUUUCCGUUUUUUCGACUAUUUUCUGGAACCUUGGAGACAUCAUGCCUCGUCGGUGUGUUGUCGGAGGGUGUAACGACACUAACAGGGAGGGAUUCAAGUUGCACCACUGGCCCAAAGAUGCGAAAGUGGCAAAAAAUUGGACGAAAUUUGUUCAAAAUACGAGGGUGUGGGGAAAGCCGACGAAAUGGUCAGUCGUUUAUUCCGCACACUUUACCGACGAAAGCUAUGCUACUACAGAGAUGUCAAGAUUGUGUGGAUAUCCUGCGACACUCAAAGCAGAUGCAUUUCCAACGAUAAAGUCAAAGAAAUCUUCCGCCAGACCCCCAUUGAAUGUGCCGGAGUGUCUGCACAAUUUACCGGCGGUGCUAAGGCAGACAUGGCACAGAGAUGUAUGGAUAACCUGCAGAUGCAUUUCCAACGAUAAAGUCAACUAAAUCACAAAGGUGAGUUUUGUUGAUGUUGCUGACUCAUGUUCUAAUCAGACAUAUUUGGUCGCGGCAUGACUGCCAGCUAAUCAAUGCUAACAUGCUAUUUAGGCUAGCUGUAUGUACAUUUGAAACUAUAUUUACAUCCAGCGUUUCCCUCCACCCACAUUUAAUGCCAAACAAACACUUACCAAUCGACGGAUUUAAGUUGAUCCGGUGUCACAAGGUGCGAAACUUCCGAUCGUUGGUCUGCACAUUUUACCGGCGGUGCUAAGGCAAACAUGGCCGAACAGCGUCAAUAGUUUCAGUUUCUUCUUUAAUUUCGUUUUCGCUAUCUGCCUCCAUACCCCAACCAUCCGUUUCAAUACAUACGUAAUCUGUUGAAUCGCUUAAGCCGCUGAAAUCCGAGUCUGAAUCCGAGCUAUUGUCGCUAUAUCUUGCUGUGUUAUCCGUAUUGGCAUCACUGGAUGACGUCACAGGAAAAUGGACGAUGGCUUCACAGAUAGCGAAAAUCAGACACUUUAAAGCCUUGUUUAGGGAUGUUCCGGGAUGGGUAAAAUUUUGAAAAAAACUUCAAAAAAUAAAAUAAGCCACUGGUAAUUGAUUUUUAGUGCUUUUAACCCUUCUGAAAUUGUGAUAAUGUUCCCCUUUAAAAUCGCUGUUUCACCAUUGGAAGCAAAACAUUUGGGCACCUUUGCUUAAUACAGCUAGCAUACACAAAAAAUUAGGCACGUCAAUUAUGGGCAAACAACAAGUUAGGUGUAAUCAAAAGUCGUAGACAACCCCCGUGUGGUGUAAUGCAUGCAACAGAGAGACAUAUACAAAUAAAUACAAUUACAUUUAUAGAUGAAUAUGUCAAUGCCUUGUCCUUAAACUGGCUCGCUGAAAGAGCAAACUACCUAGCACACAAAUAAUUAAAAAAAAACAUGAACAUACGCCCAUGGCAUAUUACGAACUAGUUUCAAUCUGUAAUACAGUAGCUGAUAGCUGAGAACGGAAGAAACAUACAUGACGUGCUAUGUGCGUGCAGAGAAUGAAAAUAUGUUGUUAUCUCAACAACCAACAAGCCUCGACGAUAUAAAGAUAGUAUUUUAAUAGGUGACAUAACACAGACAGUGUGAAUGUGAUAUUGACGUGUGCAAACCUCUCAAUGUUGGUCCGUUUAUUUGACGGAAGAUUCCGCUGAUGUAUUGUUGGACAGUAGACAUAAUAGGUGAUAUUAUUUGCUCACAUAUGCCACCUGUUAGUUGUUUGCGCACGCUGCAGCUUAACCUGAAAAAAAAUGACCAAGCCCCCUAGCACUCCCAGGCGAGAGCCGGCCAGGAAGGGGCCCCAUUGUGAGACCGUCAAUAGCAAUAUUUGGCUCAUUAUUUCAUUCUGUCCACCAACAAAAGAAUGGCAUUGUUGGGUCAAUGAAAAGCAUCUGAAGUCGAUCCUUAGUACUGUUGUGCGCAUCAAAAAGCUAAGUUAUUCUCAAACGUGAAGCUUUUUUCUUUGCUUUUCGUAGAUUUUUCGGAACUUGUCAUCAAAAUUGACAAGAAUGGAUGAUGUGAUUGUCAGUGGCUUGAACACCAAACACCGCUCAUAUGCUCGAGCAACUGCAGGUGAACAGAAUUGUGGGGAUGAGUCCACGACGGAGCUAGAAAACCUGGAGCAACAGGUCCUGCAGUUUUUUCAGUCCAAGAACAUUGAAAUAGACAGUAAUGCUAUCUCUGCCUGUCAUACCCUCCCUCGAAGGGAUAACUUGGCAAAACAAGCAAUUAUUAUAAGGUUUACGAACAGGAAAGUAAAAACUGAUCUUUUGAGAUAGUCUAAAAAGUUAAGAGGUACGGCAGUGUACAUUAAUGAGCACUUAACAAAAAAAAAACUCGGACAUAGCAAGACAGGCUAGGGCCCUAAAGAAACAAGGGAAAAUUCAGUCCACGUGGACACGGAAUUGCAAAGUCUGGAUAAAACUACAGGGCACGCCUGAAGAAGCAAACGUUCUAGUAAUCAGAGAAAUGGGGGAGCUUGAAAAGUACAAAUGAUGAAACCAGAAAUCAUGUUGCCAACUUGGUAAUUGAAUGUUAAUAUAACAGCAAAUGAAUGAGUGAAAUAUGAACUUUGCACUAUGUUUGAAAACGGUAUAGACCCUGAAAAAAAUGUCUUCAAUGGCACAGCAAUGAAUUGCAAAUAUUAUACAGAUGAACAAUAUAAUGACAGUAUAAAAUUAAGUAACCAAUUAACAAUUAUACAUAUUAAUAGUAGAAGUCUGCAAACUUUCACCAUAUAAAGGAAUAUUUAAGUCAAUUUGUAAAACCUUUUAGCAUUAUAGCAAUAUCAGAAACUUGGAUAACUCAAGAAAAAAGUAUAGAUUUUGGUCUGAAUGGGUAUGAAUUUGUGCAUUUGGAUAGAAUAGAUAAAAAGGAAGGAGGAGUAGCACUCUAUAUUGAUAAAAAUCUAAAUUUUAUUAAAGUUGAAAAUAUGACAUCUAUCAUUGAACAAGUAAUGGAAUGUAUAACGGUAGAGAUUAUAAGAGAAGGAAGAAAAAAUAUCCCACUUAGUUGUACAUAUAGAACUCCGGGAUCCAAAAUAGAAACCUUCACCAAAGCUAUGGAAGGAUUAUUUUAUAAAUUGAAUAACAAAGAAAUAUUUAUUAGUGGAGACUUUAACAUUGACUUAAUACAUACAAGUAGCAAUAGAGAAACAGCUGAAUUUAUAGACACAAUGCACAGUAUGAGUUUGAUAUAUUUGAUAAAUAAACCAACAAGAAUCACAUCACAUAGUGCCACCCUAAUUGACAAUAUAUUUACCAAUAUAAUGGAUGACAACCUAAUAUGUGGAAUCUUGAUAAAUGAUAUAAGUGAUCAUCUCCCAGUCUUUGUGGUCUACAACUGUGCCAGUAAAAUUAAAAUCAAGAAUGAAUGUGAAACUGUCUAUAAAAGAAUCAUAACAGAGAAAACACUCAACAAAUUCAAGAAUGAACUACAAAAGCAAAAUUGGAAUACUAUUUAUGAUAAAAAAGAAGUUAAUACAGCUUAUGAAGAAUUCUUAAACACAUUUAAAAUACUAUAUGAUGGAAAUUGUCCAGUAGUAAAUUAGAAAAGGAAGUCAAAGUAUGGCGAGUUUAAACCGUGGAUGACUAAAGGACUCCAAAAUGCCUGUAAAAAAAAGAAUAUUUUAUAUAAGGAAUUUAUAAAAAAUAGAACUUUAGUAAAUGAAAAUAAAUAUAAAAAAAUAUAAAAAUAAACUAAUCAAUAUAAUCAGAAUGUGUAAAAAAGAUUAUUAUAUAAAUAAACUGGAAUAUAACAAGAAUAAUAUAAGAGGUGUAUGGAAAAUAUUAAAUGGUAUUAUUAGAAAUAAAAAUGAUGAUAAUCAAUACCCACCAUACUUUAUGGAAAAUAACAACAUGAUUAAGGAUAAGGAGGUGAUAGUAAAUACAUUUAAUGAUUAUUUUAUAAAUAUUGGACCAAAACUAGCAGAAGAGAUAAAGGUAGAAGGGACAAAAAUAGAUGCAGCAGAUUAUAUCAACCCAAACCCUAAAACAAUGUUUUUAAAACCAGUAGUAGAAAGAGAAAUCAGGGACAUAGUCAAAAGUUUUAAGAACAAAACAAGCAAAGAUGUGGAUGAUAUAGACAUGCAAACUUUAAAGUAUGUGAUAGAUGGAAUUAGUGCUCCAUUAGCGUAUCUAUUUAACCUUUCAUUUGAAAUGGGAGUAUUUCCUCAACUAAUGAAAAUUGCAAAAGUUGUUCCUAUUCACAAAGCGGGAGACGGACACUUAUUCACAAACUACAGACCAAUCUCAAUAUUACCACAGUUCUCCAAAAUAUUAGAAAAAAUAUUUAUAGAUAGAUUCGAUGGCUUUGUAGGAAAAAAUGAAUUAUUACCAGAUAGGCAGUAUGGUUUCAGGAAUAAUCGAUCAGCAGCACAAGCAUUAACAGAUUUAAUUGAAAAAAUAACUGAUAGUAUUGAUAAAAAUAAAUAUACAAUAGGAGUAUUCUUAGAUCUUAAGAAGGCUUUUGAUACAGUAGACCAUAGUAUUCUUAUUAGAAAAAUGGAAAAAUAUGGUUUUAGGGGUAUUGUUCUGGAAUGGAUAAAAAGUUAUUGAUCUGAUAGAAAGCAGUUUGUACAGAUAUCACAAAAAAAAUCAUGUUGGUUAAAUAUUACAUGUGGGGUACCACAGGGGUCAGUCUUAGGGCCCAAGAUGUUCAUCAUGUAUAUAAAUGAUAUUUGUAAAGUAACUGAAAACCUUAAAUAUGUUUUAUUUGCGGAUGACACCAAUGUACUCUGUUCUGAUGUGGACUUGCAGCAGCUCCUGAGGACCGUCACCAUGGAGAUGUGUAAACUAAAAAAAUGGUUUCAAUCAAUCAAUCAAUGUUUACUUAUAUAGCCCUAAAUCACUAGUGUCUCAAAGGGCUGCACAAACCACCACGACAUCCUCGGUAGGCCCACAUAAGGGCAAGGAAAACUCACACCCAGUGGGACGUCGGUGACAAUGAUGACUAUGAGAACCUUAGAGAGGAGGAAAGCAAUGGAUGUCGAGCGGGUCUAACAUGAUACUGUGAAAGUUCAAUCCACAAUGGAUCCAACACAGUCGCGAGAGUCCAGUCCAAAGCGGAUCCAACACAGCAGCGAGAGUCCCGUUCACACCGGAGCCAGCAGGAAACCAUCCCAAGCGGAGGCGGAUCAGCAGCGCAGAUAUGUCCCCAGCCGAUACACAGGCAAGCAGUACAUGGCCACCGGAUCGGACCGGACCCCCUCCACAAGGGAGAGUGGGACAUAGAAGAAAAAGAAAAGAAACGGCAGAUCAACUGGUCUAAAAAGGGAGUCUAUUUAAAGGCUAGAGUAUACAAAUGAGUUUUAAGGUGAGACUUAAAUGCUUCUACUGAGGUGGCAUCUCGAACUGUUACCAGGAGGGCAUUCCAGAGUACUGGAGCCCGAACGGAAAACGCUCUAUAGCCCGCAGACUUUUUUUGGGCUUUGGGAAUCACUAAUAAGCCGGAGUCCUUUGAACGCAGAUUUCUUGCCGGGACAUAUGGUGCAAUACAAUCGGCAAGAUAGGAUGGAGCUAGACCGUGUAGUAUUUUAUACGUAAGUAGUAAAACCUUAAAGUCACAUCUUAAGUGCACAGGAAGCCAGUGCAGGUGAGCCAGUACAGGCGUAAUGUGAUCAAACUUUCUUGUUCUUGUCAAAAGUCUAGCAGGUUUGAUGCUAAUAAAUGAUCAUUAAACCUAAAUAAAACUAACUUUAUGUUAUUUGGAAAUAAGAGAAAUGAUAUAGAUGUAAAAUUAUAUAUAGACAAUGUUAGUAUAGAAAGAGUAAACAAAAUCAAAUUUUUGGGUGUGAUCUUGGACCACAGGAUCUGUUGGAAGUCACACAUGACAUACAUCAAAGGGAAGUUGGCCAGAAGUAUUGCUGUCCUGGGUAAAACAAGGCACAUUCUUAAUCAAAAAACAUUACACACUCUUUAUUGUACACUUGUUUUACCAUAUUUGAGUUACUGUCUAGAAGUUUGGAGAAAUACAUACAGGAUGAACAUCCAAACACUAUUCAUAAUGCAAAAAAGGGCCAUCAGACUGAUACAUAACACAGGACCCCGAGAACACACUAAUGGAUUAUUUAUAAAAACAUUUGAUUUAAAACUACCAGAUCUCAUCCAACUCAAGACUGCCCAAAUGAUUUCUAAAGCAAGUAAAGAUUCACUUCCAACAGGGUUACAGAGAAGAUUUUUACAGAGAGAAGGGAAUUAUAAUUUAAGACGAGAACUACUUUUUAAGAUCCAAUAUUGUAGAACAACGCAGAAACGAAUGAGUAUAACAAUAGCAUGGGUUAAAAUAUGGAACUGUUUAAAGGAUGAAAUAAAACACAGCACCAACAUAAACCAGUUUAAAAAGCUUUUUAAAUCAUUUAUCAUUAGUAAAUAUAAGAAUUAAGAGCAAACAUUGUUUUAGAAAGACAAUAAUAUAUAAUAUGUAUAUAAAUACAAUUUAUGAUUUCAUAAUUAUACAUAUAGGUUAUAUUAAAAUGUAUAUAUUACCACUUUAUAUGGAAUUUAAAUAAAUUAUGUAUAUAUAAUAUAUAUAUAUAUAUAUAUAUAAGUGUACAAAUGUAAAUGUUUGAUUUAAAUGUUAAACUGUGUAUAUGAGACGUGUGCUACAUAUAUGUUGCUUAUAUAUUGUUUAAAAAAAAAAGUAAUACAAGUGAAGCAUGUUUUAGAUUUUAUAUAUUUUGAACCUUGUUCUUGUUGUGAUGGGAUAGGUUUGUAUAAGCGUUGCUUCAACCUACACCCUUUCGGCUCAAUCAUUGCUCAAAUGAGUGUUUUUUUUCUUUUUCUUUUUUUGUUGUUGUUCUUUGUUUUAUGUGAAGAUUGCCGAAAUAAAUAAAUGGUUUAAAGUUAAAGGGGAACAUUAUCACCAGACCAAUGUAAGCGUCAAUAUAUACCUUGAUGUUGCAGAAAAAAGACCAUAUAUUUUUUUAACCCAUUUCCGAACUCUAAAUGGGUGAAUUUUGGCGAAUUAAACGCCUUUCUGUUUAUCGCUCUUUUUACGAUGACGUCAGAACGUGACGUCUCCGAGGUAAUACAGCCGCCAUUUUCAUUUUCAACACAUUGCAAACAUUGGGUCUCAGCUCUGUUAUUUUCCGUUUUUUCGACUAUUUUUUGGAACUUUGGAGACAUGCCUCGUCGGUGUGUUGUCGGAGGGUGUAACAACACUAACAGGGAGGGAUUCAAGUUGCACCACUGGCCCGAGGAUGCGAAAGUGUCUGCCGCCAGACCCCCAUUGAAUGUGCCAGAGUGUCUCCAUAUUUGACCGGCGAUGACAGACAUGGCACAGAGAUGUAUGGAUAACCUGCAGAUGAAUUUGCAACGAUAAAGUCAACGAAAUCACAAAGUUGAGUUUUGUUGAUGUUGACUUAUGUGCCAAUCAGACAUAUUUGGUUGCGGCGUGACUGCUAGCUAAUCAAUGCUAGCAUGCUACGUUAAUCGACGCUAACAUGCUAUUUACCGGCGGUGCUAAAGCAGACAUGGCACAGAGAAGUAUGGAUAACCUGCAGAUGCAUUUGCAACUAUAAAGUCAACGAAUUCACAAAGGUUAGUUUUGUUGAUGUUGACUGCCAGCUAAUCGAUGCUAACAUGCUACGCUAAUCGGAGCUAACAUGCUAUUUAUCAGCGGUGCUAAAGCAGACAUGGCACAGAGAUGUAUGGAUAACCUGCAGUUGCAUUUGCAACUAUAUUACGUUUCCUUCCACCCACAUUUAAUGCGAAAAAAACACUUACCAAUCGAAGGAUUUAAGUUGCUCCAGUGUGACGAGAUGCGAAAGUCCUGAUCGUUUGGUCCGCUUAUUUUACCGGCGAUGCUAACGCAGCUAUUCGGCCAUGCUAUGGCUAUGAAUAGCGUCAAUAGCUAUUCGCUCAAUAGCUUCAGUUUCUUCUUCAAUACUUUCAUACUCCAACCAUCCGUUUCAAUGCAUGCGUAAUCUGUUGAAUCGCUUAAACCGCUGAAAUCCGAAUCUGAAUCCGAGCUAAUGUCGCUAUUUCUUGCUGUGCUAUUUGCCAUUGUUUGUUUACAUUGGCAGCACUGUAUGACGUCACAGGGAAAUGGAUAGUCGCAUCGCAAAUAGCGAAAAUCAAGCAUUUUAAAGCUUUUUUUAGAAAUAUUCCGGGACCGGUAACAUUUUGAAAAAAACUUCAAAAAAUACAACAAGCCACUGGGAACUGAUUUUUAUUGUUUUUAACCCUUUUGAAAUUGUGAUAAUGUUCCCCUUUAAGGUGCAAUAUUUCAUUGUUUGUACGUUUUUAUUAGAAACAGUGGGGAAAUUUGCGUUAAAUUUUUUUCACUUAGAUUAAUCACAUGUUUUAAUGGUGAUUAUUCAUGAUUAACUACAAUUACUUGCAUAACUUAUAUUUGGUACUUUUUGUUGACAACAUUGUUACAAGUUUACUUUGUGGAAACACAUUUUGAUUUUAUGUGUUGUUGUUUUUUUAACUUGUUAAGGUAAAACAGGAUAUGUGGUCAAAAUAAAUUACGUGAUCAAUC